AUGUUACCCGUGUACCCGAACAAAAUCUUGCUUGAACUAGCUCUUGGAAGUGGCUGGGCAAAGAAGGAAUUUAAACGUGUAUAUGAUGAGGCAAUGGAAAAAAUGGGUGAACAAAAACAACGUAUUUUUGAAGGUCAUCAGCCUGUACCAUCUCCAGAAAAUAACAAUUUCUCUUAUCAUCUUGAUCAUCCACCAUAUAAACUUGGUAUUACUAAUUCACCAUACCUAAAACUUAUGGAUGCUGGUGUAUCCAAUGAUUCACCAGUUUACCCGAUGACUCGUCCUGCAAGAAAAACCGAAAAUGUUGUCCGUUUUGAUUGUUCAAGUGUAAUUGUUGGUCGUGAAUUAUUUGAAAAAGAACAAAAAGAAUUUUGUGAAAUUAGAGGAUUUGAACGUAAUGCUCGUGAUACUACUAACAAAUAUUGUGAAAUUCAUGAUUAUACACCAAAUGGUAAAAGUAAUGGUUAUUGUCCACCUGCUGAACAUCCAUUUACUUUAUGUUAUUUCCCAUAUUUACCUAAUGAUAAAGUUGAUCCAAAGUUUAUACCAGCUACUGAAAAAUUCAUGGCUUUUAAUAAUUUCGUUUAUACUUCUGAACAAGUUGAUAAAACUGUUAAGUUAGCUAGACAAAAUUGGGAUGAUGGUCAUCAAAAGGUUAAAGAUGUUAUUAUUGAUGUAUGGAAAAAGAAGAAAGCUGCUAGAUUAAGUGGUGGAAAAUAA